GUGAUCACAAUGAAACACUCAGAGUUCAACUCUGAGUUCAUCGUGAUUCCAUCUUUCCAUGAAGAUGAAUUUUAGAUUCAAUCAUCACUCUUUGGACGGUUGAUGAGAAUGACACUGGUUGCGAUGAGUGGAUGUGAUAAUACUUCUCGACACGAAAUCAAGUCCAGUUCGAUCUUCUCGGAGUCAUUCAUUUGGGUUUUCAGGUGGGAGAAAUGAAGUCCAUCAGAUUGAGUGCACUAGCUUUUUUAAUCAUCGAUGUCGUUACAAUCCUCGGCAAACAAACUCAAGUGCGAAUAGGACUUCUCAUACCGACCACGUGGGAUGCAGGUCAAGUGGAACGAGUUGAAAAGGCCUUUGUGGAUUUCAACACUCAAAAGAUCUUGCAGGAAUCCAAGUUGUUCUUGCAUCCGGAGUUGGCCUAUGUGAGCCACAAUGACACCUUCCUCACAUCGAAAUCCGUGUGCCAUCUGAUAGAGAAGCAUUGUAUGAUGGUUUAUGGAGCGAAUUUGAACAAUUUGGGCGAGAUAAGUGCCUCCACUUUGAACUUUUUUGGAAUACCGUUUGUCCAAUCUAAUCCGUCGCUUUUGUGGAAUCAUCAACACCAUCAAUUCGAAACCUCCAUGAAUCUAUUUCCCAAACGAUCCACGCUUAGUUCGGCUAUCUUGGAUAUUGUCAAGCACCUAAACUUGAGUCAUUUGGUUGUUAUUUAUCAUGAAGAAAUGGAGGCUCUUCUUUGGAAGCAUUUCAUUGACUCCGAAUCCAAGCGACGCCUGGUUAUUCCUAAAUUUAUUUUUAUCGACAAGGACAAUCUUAAGUAUGAACUGAUGUCAAUCCUUUUGAGGCUCAAAACAACCACGUCAAACAUUGUUCAUCUAAAUUUCCAUGAUGGAACUUUAAGCGAGGAUUUCCUCCAUUGUUGUCAAGUCUCAGGGUUUAUGAAUCCCUCUACCAACAUCAUUCUAACGAACCUGGGAUUGAAUCCGAUUGUGUUGGAUCCCUACAAGCACAUUGGAUCCAAUAUUACCUUCAUUCAUAUGUCCCAAAGCGACGCUUCUAACGAACCAACGGCUUUGGCAUUAUUGGACGAAAAUUCUGUGGAACAUGAAGUGAAAGACGUAGAAGAUGAACAAGAUUAUUUCCACGGAUUCCUUUUGGAUGCAUUAAUGCUGUUCUCAAAAGCUUUACGCUUGUCCAUGGUUGAACGUUUCCCUAGAAAUUUGUCUUGCCAAGGAACAGAAUUUUGGAGACGUGGUAAAUAUCUGGCUGAAGUCAUGAAGAAGACCCAAUUUCUCGGCGUUACCGGUCACCUGAAGAUGGAUGGCUCAGGGGAACGAUCAGAUUUUUCCCUGGAAAUAUCGCAACUUACUCAAGCCUCAGUUGAGACCAAAGGAACAUGGGCUCCCAAGAACGGUCUCAUGUGGAGCAAGAGGCUUUCUGGUUAUAUUAAUGGUUUCACAUCUGGUUUCGAACACUUGACUCACGGCAAACCAUCCUUGACAAUCACCACUGUACUAAGUUCUCCUUACAUCAUGGAAAAAUUGGAUUCGAAAGCCAAGCAGAGACUUGGAAAUGAUCGAUACGAGGGGUUCAUUAUUGAUUUGGCGGACCAAAUUUCGAGCAUUGUGGGCUUCAAUUAUACGAUCAAGGUGACCAAUGGUUAUGGAUCAGUGAAUGCUGAAGGUCAAUGGAACGGCAUGAUCAAGGACCUCCUGGAUGAGACCGCAGAUAUGGCAAUGGCUGAUUUGUCCAUUAGUUACGAACGCGAACAAGUGGUCGACUUUACAAUGCCGUUCUUGGACUUGGGGAUAAGCCUUCUGUACGUGAAGGCGCCCUCGAAAUCCGUCAACAUUUUUGGAUUCCUCGCUCCGCUCUCGUUGAACGUCUGGCUGCUCAUGAUUCUAGGCGGAUUGAUGGUCUCUCUCUCCAUGUACAUCAUUGCCAGGAUCUCGCCUUAUGAAACGGAGGAACUCCACCAGGAAAAUGAUGGUCAGACACCGUUUUCCAGUUUCCGACAUUGUUUAUGGUUCUCGGUGGCGUCUUGGGUGCAACAAGGAUGUGAUUUCUUGCCCAGAGCAAUUUCGGGACGCUUUGUGGCGAGUAUUUGGUGGUUUUUCACGCUCAUUAUGAUAUCGUCUUAUACAGCCAACCUGGCGGCCUUUCUGACUGUGGAACGAAUGGAAGUUCCGAUUUCUUCAGCAUCGGAUCUAGCCAGCCAAUCCAAGAUUUUGUACGGUUGUGUGGCUACAGGAUCAACUGCGGCCUUCUUUAGGAAUUCCAACAAUCCCACAUAUUCGAAAAUGUGGCGAACCAUGGAGCGACACAAGGACGAGGUCAUGAUGGCUGGCAACAAGGAGGGACUGGAACAGGUCCUUCAAGAAGAUGGGGCCUAUGCAUUUUUUAUGGAGUCCACCUCGAUCGAGUACACUGUCGAGAGGAACUGUCAGCUUCAACAAAUUGGUGGCCUUCUCGACUCCAAGAGCUAUGGGAUCGCCUUGCCCCACGGCUCCCCCUUGAGAGCUCGGCUGAGUGAUGCCAUUAUCAAGCUCAAUGAGGACGGAUUGAUCCGAGAUCUGAAGGAAAAGUGGUGGAAGAAAGAGCGAGGAGGAGGGGCUUGCCAGGAGGAUGUGGAUUCGUCCACUGUGAGCGAACUGAACCUGAUGAACGUAGGAGGGAUUUUCCUCGUUCUAACACUGGGCUUGAUCAUUGGGACACUUUUGGCAUUCGUGGAGAGAUAUUGGAUGAUAUGCUGCCAACGUCGCAAAACCUAGUACCCUCAAAGUUGAACAAUUCAAAAUUAUUCGCUAUGUAAUAAAUUUUGUCUCCGACAAUGGGAAAG